ACUCCGAAAGAAGAAUUGGCGCCAACAUGGAAAACUUUAUUGACACACCAACAUCCCAAACAUGGGAAAGAGUUUACGGUUUAUAUGACAAAGUUUUAAUUGUCAAGUCAAAAAAAAUGAAAGGCGACAAAGAAAAACAAUUAAAGGACUUGGAUUACUGGUAUCAAGAGGAACUCCCAGUUGCUAUCAAAGGAAGAAAAGAAAGGCAUGUGACUCACGAGGAGCUUUGUAAACUAAUGAAAUGGAAACUGAUGAGAGGAAAAUUUCGACCUCGUUUGGAACAGAUGGUUCAGAGUAACAGUGAGGAAGAUGUGAAGGCUGCAAGUCUGAAAGGCUUUAAAGAGCUUCCAAACCUGUCCAACGCCAUCAAAGCACUUACAGUCCUGAAGGCAAUAGGUCCAGCGACUGCUUCUGCUGUUUUGGCAGCAGGUGCCCCAGACAAGGCAGCAUUCAUGGCUGAUGAGAGCAUGCUGGCUAUUCCAGAGUUAGCUCCCUUACAGUAUACGUUGCCAUUUUACAAUCAGUACAUGGACUAUGUGACAACAAUUACCAAAAAACUCAACAAAGAUCAAGAAGGAGACCGAAUCAAAUGGACCCCUCACAAGGUUGAGCUGACAUUGUGGACUUACCAAAUGGCUAAGACACUGUGUCCAGAAUUACUCCCUGAUGCCGAGGAUGAUUCAACUACACAAAAGAGAAAGAAAGUAUCAGAAAAUGGAAAAAAAGAUGACAAAACAAAGAAGCUUAAAACGUAAAAAGUGACUUUCUGGAAUGACAUUGUUAUUGUUUAUUUACUUCUUUUGCUACACUAAUUGGUACUUGAAAUAACAUUUUGUAUAAGUUUGUUAUCAAUUUAGCAGUAGAUAACAUAUCAGGGGUAGUCACUUCUAUAGCUCAGGUAAGUUAAAAUUGAAGUGACAAAGCUUAUACGUUGUAAUGGUAGUUUGUUAUGAGAUUAGACAGGUGUGUUCAAAAUUUUCUUUCGGUUAUAAAAAUAGAUGAGCUGUUAGCAACAUCGUUGAUGGUACGUUGUGUAUAUUUCUAAUAUGUCGGUUACUUAAAUCUAUACCUAUUUAGAAGUUAGUUAGUAUUUUGAUGAUCUAGCUUUGAAGGAUAUUGAUGUUUAUGAAGAUGUUGGGUUGAGAUUUGUACACAAUGAAGCAUGUUUUAUAUGUUGUUAUAUCUGUUGAAAAAUCUUAUUUACCCAAGAAGGUAAGAAAAACUUAAUAAGAUGUUUUAAUUGUCUUGUAAGGUUAUUAGAAUUACUGUGAUGAAGUAGCCAUUGAACAUAUUAUUAAUUUGUUGGCUGCUGUAGUAUUUUAAAAUUUCUAAAAUUAAGGAGGCUGGUGUAGUCACCCAAGGGGUACUGUCUUAUGUCUUAUGUCAGGGUUAAUGUUUAUGUGGCCUAAAAUUCUUGGACUUCAUUAAAAAACCAGGUAUCAUGGUCAAAGCUUGUUUUUGCUACUUGUCACACAGUAUAUAUACUGGACAGAUCUGCCUCAAAAAUUGUACACAGGAUCUCCUUGUCCUAGCUAGGACCAAAGAGAUCCUGUGUACAAUAUUUAAGAAAGAACUGUAGUUGUAGCUACAGUAAUACUGUAUAUGUACAUAUUUUAGCAAUAAUUGUAUUUCAACUUACUUCACGCUUAAAAUAAUGUAGUAAAAUGUGAUUGUACCACUUGAAGUUUUCUGAUAUUGUUUUCUCUUGCAUUUAUUGCAGGUUCACCAAAUAAUUUGAUAAUGCUGUAAAAUAUGAGUGUGCUAAAAUAAGUAAAUUUACAGUACUGGAUUACUUUCAUUUAUCAGACCCUAUGGGACUCUUGUACAGGUAAUAUCUCGGGUCAAUCACACACAAAACAUUUAAUGGGUUCUGUGAAUCCCGCAUCUUAACAUCAAAAGGCCCAGUGGGACUUUCAUGUAAUGUCUAACAUCAAAUAAACCUUAUGAGUCUCAAAUGUAACAUCCAACAGGCUCUAUGGGACUUGUAUCUAACAUGUAAAGGGCUCUAUAGGACUUGUAUCCAACAUGUAAAAGGCUCUAUAGGACUUGUAUCUAACAUGAAAAGGGCUCUAUGGGACUUGUAUCUUACAUGUAAAGGACUCUAUAGGACUUGUAUCUAACAUGUAAAGGGCUCGAUAGGACUUGUAUCUAACAUGUAAAGGGCUCGAUAGGACUUGUAUCUAACAUGUAAAGGGCUCUAUGAGACUUGUAUCUACCAUGUAAAGGGUUCUGUGGGACUUGUAUAUAACAUGUAAAGGGCUCUAUAGGACCUGUAUCCAACAUGUAAAAGGCUCUAUGGGACUUGUAUCUAACAUGUAAAGCGCUCUAUAGGACUUGUAUCUUACAUGUAAAGGGCUCUAUAGGCCUUGUAUCUAACAUGUAAAGGGCUCUAUGGGACUUAUAUCUAACAUGUAAAGGGCUCUAUGGGACUUAUAUCUAACAUGUAAAGGGCUCUAUAGGACUUGUAUCUAACAUGUAAAGCGCUCUAUAGGACUUGUAUCUUACAUGUAAAGGGCUCUAUGAUACUUGUAUCUAACAUGUAAAGGGUUCUGUGGGACUUGUAUCUAACAUGUAAAGGGUUCUAUAAGACUUGUAUAUAACAUGUAAAGGGCUCUAUAGGACUUGUAUCCAACAUGUAAAAAGCUCUAUAGGACUUGUAUCUAACAUGUAAAAGGCUCUAUGGGACUUGUAUCUAACAUGUAAAGCGCUCUAUAGGACUUGUAUCUUACAUGUAAAGGGUUCUGUGGGACUUGCAUCUAACAUGUAAAGGGCUCUAUGAGACUUGUAUCUAACAUGUAAAGGGUUCUUUGGGACUUGUAUCUAACAUGUAAAGGGCUCUAUGGGACUUAUAUCUAACAUGUAAAGGGCUCUAUAGGACUUGUAU